GCGACUGAUGUGAAGCGUGGGAAUUGAGAUUUUCUAGGGUUUUGAAAUUGCUAGAAAUGGAUGCAAUCGAAGAGAGAGUUGCGGAGAAGGAAAGCGGUGGAUGCAUCGAUCUGUGCCUUGGCGAAGCAGUAGUGGAUCUGACUGGCCACAUUCAUCAGCUCCCAUGCUGCAUCAAGUACAACGGACCUUGUUCUGUUUCUCACUAUUUCAAACCUAAACAUACCGGGAUAGAGGUUGAGGGUUUGAAGGUGGAGGAGGCCUUCUUUAGGGGAAGAAAGUUGCAGGGAACCACUAUUCACCUUCCGGAGGGCUAUUCUGACAAGAGCGUAGAAGAAACCAAUCUCAGAACGGAAGCCCUUUUGAUUGUACCGGGAAUAUUGAGCUUUGUCCUAGGAAAAAAGAGUUCCAACACGACAAAAUCUACUGGCACAUCUGAAGGAAACAUGAACAGAUGGGAAACAAAUGCAAAAUUUCAGGCGAUAACAUUUUGGAAUCAUGACAAUCUUCCUUCACAAGAUGAUUCUUAUGUGCGGUCAUUUCACUGGUUGGCUGUUUCCAAAGCACUGCAUAAGCCAGCGAUGGCUGAAGAUUUGAGGGUUGCAUCUCUUGCCCUGGAGCAAGAGUUGUGUACAUCAGAAAAGUGAGGAGCAUAAUCUUCCACAUUUCCAGUGUACUUUCCAUGCCUAAGUAACUGUUUUUGUAAUCAUAGUGUAGUCAAAUUUGAAAUUGUAUUAAUACUUUUCAUUUGAGCUUCAAACCUGAAAAGGGAUUCUUAAUUAUCAUACAAUGUGAAGUUCAUUCCA